AUGUCCAUAUAUUUGCUUGCACAUGGAAAAUACGAGUGCCGUGAUUUUGUUGAAGAACAUAAUCACAUCCUUCAUCUUCCAUCUACUACUCAUAUGAUGCUUUCACAGAGGAAAAUUUCAGACAUACACACUUAUGAAAUUGAUUUGGCUGAUGAUUCGGGGAUCAAACCUAAGGCCAUAUUUGAGUACAUAGGUCAGCAGGCAGGUGGGAGGGAGAACCUUGGUUACACUACUGAAGAUCAUAGGAACUAUCUUCGAACUAAAAGACAACGGUCAUUAUUUUAUGGUGAUGCAGGAAGUCUGUUGAAGUAUUUUGAAAUGCAAAGUAGGAUCAAUCCUUCUUUUACACACGUAGUGCAGUUGGACAGUGAUGAAAAGAUAACUAAUAUUUUUUUGGCCGAUCCGAAGAUGAUAAUUGAUUAUGCACAUUUUGGUGAUGUUGUUAGUUUCAACACUACUUUUGGCACAAACAGAGAGAGUAGACCAUUUGGGAUAUUUGUUGGGUUUAAUCAUCAUAGAGGAGUCAUUAUAUUUGGGGCUGCACUUUUAUAUGAUGAGACGGCUGAAUCUUUCAAGUGA